GCGCGCUCAUUAGCACUUGGGCUGUUCCAAGAUGCGCUUUCCUCGAAUCAGUCUCGAUGCGUGAUAUACGGUCGAGCUUGUUCAUCCGUCUGAGAAUAUCUGGCUAGUGGAGAGAGGAGCAGGCGAGAGGACUCAGGCUGUUGAUGUAACACGAAGGUGUAUCGCAAUUGACAUAUACAGUGACCGCACAAUGGCACGAUUACACGUGAGAACCGUGUUCCUCUUCAUCGUCCUGCAUAAUGUUCCGCGUUCGGGACUCGUGGCGGGACUACCCAGCAACUACGACAACCCCAAGUUCUACAAAAUCGGGGGCGUUCUCUCUAACGACGAGAGCAAGUCGCAUUUCGAGAAAACGAUUGACCAUCUCAAUUUCGAUGCCCAAUAUGUCAAUAAGGGGGUGACGUACAAGCACACCGUGAUCGAAAUGGACUCCAAUCCGAUCAGGACCGCGUUGAGCGUCUGCAAGUCCCUCAUCGCCGAGCAGGUGUACGCGGUGGUGGUGUCGCACCCGCUCAUCGGCGAUCUCUCGCCGGCCGCAGUUUCCUACACCAGCGGUUUUUAUCACAUACCGGUGAUCGGCAUCUCAUCCAGAGAUUCCGCCUUCUCAGACAAGAACAUACACGUCUCCUUCUUACGCACUGUACCGCCGUAUUCGCAUCAAGCGGACGUCUGGGUGGAAUUGUUGAAACACUUCAAUUACAUGAAGAUCAUCUUCAUUCAUAGCUCCGAUACGGACGGUCGUGCGCUUCUUGGCCGUUUUCAGACAACGUCGCAGAACUUGGAGCAAGACGUAGAGAUCAAAGUUCACGUCGAGUCAGUUAUCGAGUUCGAGCCGGGAUUGGACAACUUUGUGGAACAAUUGACGGAGAUGAAGAGUGCGCAGGCGAGAGUUUGCCUUAUGUACGCUUCGAAAACGGACGCGAGGGUGAUCUUCAGGGAUGCAGCCGCUCUGAACAUGACCGGCGCCGGUUAUGUGUGGAUCGUUACCGAGCAAGCACUGGAGGCACCAAAUGCUCCAGAGGGCUUGUUGGGCUUGAAAUUAAUCAACGCUACCCAAGAAAAAUCGCAUAUCACCGACAGCUUAUUUGUACUCGUAUCCGCGUUACGUGCGAUGAAUAACUCGGAGAAAAUCACCGAGGCACCGAAGGACUGCGGCGAUUCCGGCUCUAUAUGGGAAACCGGAAAGAAACUGUUCACAUACAUCCUUCAGCAAGUGCUCCCGAACGGCUCUACAGGCAGAGUAGCGUUUGACGAUAAUGGCGACCGCAUAUACGCCGAAUAUAACAUAGUCAACAUCCAAUACGUGGGUCCCCAUAACAAGACGCAAGUGUCUGUCGGCCAGUACUUCUACCCUGCCAAUGGCACGAAGAUGAAGCUGCGAGUGAACGAGUCCAGCAUCAUAUGGCCAGGCCGGCUGAAGACGAAGCCUGAGGGCUUCAUGAUACCGACGCACUUGAAAGUCCUGACGAUCGAGGAGAAACCGUUCGUUUAUGUUCGCGAGCUAACCGAAGGCGAGAUCAAGUGCUUGCCCGAGGAGAUCCCGUGUCCUCACUUUAACACGACAGAUCGCGAAAACACACGAAUAUUCUGCUGCAAAGGAUAUUGCAUGGACCUGCUGAAGGAACUGUCGAGGACCAUCAAUUUCACAUACAGCUUAGCUCUGUCGCCAGACGGUCAGUUCGGCAGCUAUGUGAUAAAAAAUAGUUCGGUCGGAGGAAAGAAGGAAUGGACCGGUCUCAUCGGCGAGAUAGUGAAUGAGCAGGCCGACAUGAUCGUCGCACCGCUGACGAUCAAUCCUGAGCGCGCCGAAUUUAUCGAGUUUAGCAAACCGUUUAAAUACCAAGGUAUCACUAUUCUCGAGAAGAAGGUACGUUUCAAAUCUCGCUUACCCGAUGUUGAACGUGCAUUAAGCUCAUUUUCGCGUGCGCAGCCCUCGAGAUCGUCCACGUUGGUCUCCUUCUUACAACCGUUCAGCAAUACCCUCUGGAUCCUGGUGAUGGGAUCGGUGCACGUAGUAGCGCUCGCUUUGUAUCUGCUCGAUAGAUUUUCACCUUUCGGCAGAUUCAAGUUAGCUAAUACUGACGGCACUGAAGAGGAUGCACUCAACCUGUCCAGCGCUAUCUGGUUCGCCUGGGGCGUCCUCUUAAACAGCGGUAUAGGAGAAGGCACUCCGCGGAGUUUCUCCGCACGCGUACUGGGAAUGGUGUGGGCGGGAUUCGCUAUGAUCAUCGUAGCAUCUUACACUGCCAAUUUAGCCGCUUUCCUCGUAUUAGAGCGGCCCAAAACCAAACUGACCGGCAUCAAUGACGCUCGACUGAGGAACACGAUGGAGAACUUGACGUGCGCGACGGUGAAGGGUUCCGCCGUGGACAUGUACUUCAGACGCCAAGUAGAAUUGUCCAAUAUGUAUCGUACCAUGGAAGCGAAUAAUUACGAUACAGCCGAAGAUGCUAUACGUGACAUUAAAAUCGGGAAAUUGAUGGCGUUCAUCUGGGACAGCUCGCGAUUGGAAUUCGAAGCGGCUCAAGAUUGCGAGUUGGUGACGGCCGGCGAAUUGUUCGGCCGUUCGGGUUACGGAAUAGGUUUGCAGAAAGGCUCGCCCUGGGCGGACGCCGUGACACUGGCAAUUCUGGAUUUUCAUGAGAGUGGUUUCAUGGAGCGCCUCGACAACCAGUGGAUCUUGCAGGGUAACGUGCAACAAUGCGAACAGUUCGAGAAGAUGCCGAACACCCUCGGUCUGGAGAACAUGGCAGGGGUGUUCAUAGUAGUUGGUGUCGGCAUCGGCGGCGGGAUCGGUCUAAUCAUCAUCGAGAUGGCGUAUAAGAAGCAUCAGAUACGUAAGCAGAGGAAAAUGGAGCUGGCGAGACACGCAGCCGACAAGUGGCGAGGAAUGAUCGAGAAACGGAAAACUCUGCGAGCGUCGAUAGUAACGCAGCGUCGAAUACAAAGUAACGGCCUGAACGAUCCCGCGACGGUCAGUCUGGCGGUGGACACGGUCGCUAGGUCGAACGUGGGUUCACGAAGUCCAGGUCGCGCUUGGCCCGGCGAUAGUGACCUGAGACAACGGCCGAUCUCGCGCGGCGAGGAUAUCCGACUGUCGCCCGCUGCCUACACCGCAGAUGUAUCGCAUCUUAUAGUCUAAUUGUAACCCUCCGCGCUAAUUUGUAUUCGUAGUUUUUUACCAAAUGGCGUAGUGACCGGUUAAUUUGACUGCACAAACGCAAGAGAGAAGGAGAAAUCCUCUAGAUUUUCAUAUUAUUAUCUUAUACUCUAUUCUUUUUGCUUUUAUUUAAACUUGUGACGAGAGAUAUAUCUUAGGGGAAUACUUUUACACGGUAGAAUAUUCUUUUUAUGUCUAUUUAACACUUCAUCAAUUUCAUCGAUUGAGUAGAAAUAGCUCACGUGUUUUGCGAGCUAAAUGAAAUAUCAAAAAUAUAUUACAUUAAGACGAA